AUUGUUUUUUAUCCUUUUGUCUCCUAUGUUCUUUUGUGUACGCGUUGUUUGGUUAGCUAGACCUUGUAUUCUUUGUUAAGUAUUCGGUUCAGGAUGCUGUGAUGAACAACUAGCGCCCCCAUACAUUUCGUUUUCUUUUUCCUAAUCUUCUCUCAGUAUUCUGAUUCCGGACCCUACGCUCGUUACCUCCCGUCAUUCCUUCAUGUUUCACUAUUCCGGACGUCUUGCUGGACUCGACGACAUGGUCUUGAAGAUCAGCGCUCCUUCUAAAGUUGCUUCUGCAGUAUCAAAUUGUGCUCUCGAUGGGGAGCCGUACCUUAAGGUCAGGAAGGUCAAAAAGCGCAAGGCACAGCGAGCAUGUCGCCCACCCCUCGCGGACAAGACGCUGGUGAAUAAUGCUGUGCCCUACGCUCCCUCAAGGAUACAGUGCAAGUCCUUGGAAAAGCCCGCCGUUGUUGAGAAGACCCGCGAGGAGCAACAGAAUCUUAUUCCUCCUGACCAACCCGUUACUCGUGUCACCCGCUCACAGCACAAUAUUGAGUCAUUCCGCCCCCUUCCUCCUCUGCCAUCUGCAUCCACACUGCAGCUACCUUCCUUCCUCAAUUUUUCAACCACACAUUCGUUAACAUCUUCGCCUGCAAACCAGUGUCGUAACAAGUCUUCUCAUUCCCUCCCAGCCUCUAUCUUGUUCCGCUAUUCAUCUAGCCACGUCUCGUCCACUCGACGAGUGGUCAUUCGAAAAACCAAGAACACGAAGGUUUAUGAAGGACCACACUGGAUCCCCUGCCUUUCACCAUCCGAAUAGUCCUUAUGUUCCAUGGCCAUCUAAUAUACGACAUCGCAUUCUUCAUCGAUCGACACCGGAAUCGCCCAUCUCACCUCUUUGCUCACGUAGUGGAGCUGUCGCACCAGAGCCAUGGGACUCGCAAUCUACCACAGAAAUGCAGACGAAUAUGGAAAAGCGUUC